AUGGUCCAACCAAAUAGCAGCCACACGGUACAUCACCAACAUGCCACCAUCCGCCUGCAAACCCCCGACCCGGACAAUACCCCCGAACUCCGCGCCAUGUUCGCCCCACCCGCCUGCCUCGAGGUCCUCGAACGCCAGGUCGCCCUGCACGACAUCCGCACCGACCCGAAUGUCAUCCACGGCCCUGAGGGGCUCGACAAGCAAGGCUUCGCUUACAUCAAACAUACUUCUCCGCUCGUGACGGAGGACGAUUACUUCACCGGCACGACGGUGGAGGAUGUGUAUAUCCCUGAAAUCAAGGCGCUGGCAAUGCAGGUGCUGGGCGCGAAGCGCGUGGCUGUAUACAAUGUGGGCGUGCGGCGGAAGCCGGCGAGCAAGGCGAGGGCGGACCCGAAGUUCUACUGGAAACGAGGCGAGAUGAUGGACAAGGAGAUUGCGGAGAAGCCGAAGUAUACGUCUGUUUGGUUGGGCGGGCAGACACUCGAAAAAUCCCUCGAGGCCGUCCGCUUCGCUCAUAUCGACAACACAGUCGCCGGCCUCAGGAAACUCGUGCGAUACGGACCAGCGCGUCUCGUCGAAGCAGCGAAGGACAGCGUGGAGAAGGAAGACAGUGGCGCGGACGAGGCACCGCGCUACGCCGCCUUCUCAAUCUGGCGCCCCAUCAAACCCGUCAAACGCGACCCCCUGGCGGUCUGCGACUGGCGAACCCUCGACCCCGAGCACGAACUCGCGACCUUCGACUUCCGCACGAGAAGCAGCGUCAACGAGAGCGGUGAGUUUAUAAUGCAAGGGUACUACGUCGUGCCGUCCAAGACGAAGCCGACGCAGCAAAAGUGGUACUGGUUGCCGGAGCAGCAGGCGGACGAGGUGCUAUUUAUCAAGCUGGCGGAUACGCAGUCGGAGGUCGACGCGAGCGUUGCGCUCGGGAGUCCGCAUGUUUCGCUGGGGUUGGAGGGGAUGGAGGCCGAGGAGCCGAGGAAUAGUAUCGAGUGUAGGAUUACGGCGUUUUGGUGA